AUGGAGUUCGAUUGGAACAAUUAUUUAGAAGAUAUUAAAAGCGUUGCAGUUCCCGAAGAAUUAUUUUGUCAUGUGGAAGCGAGUCUCAAUAAUGGCAUCAAACAAGGUAUGCUCCUCGAAGUGUGCCACAAGAACAACCCAGACGUAUACUGGAUAGCAGAGAUCACGAUGGUCUGCGGACAUCUUCUCCGGAUUAAAUUUAUAGGCGCCAAAACAGACUUUUGGUGCGACAUAUCCAAUACUAAAGUGCAUCCUUUAGGAUGGUGCGGAAAAUACGACGAAUUAGUGGAACCCCCAGACGAAAUUAAUGAAAGAUGUGGCGAUACUAUAAUAGAUAUAAUGAAAAAGGCUCUGUUAGUCGGUCAGUCGGUGUCAUUAGAGGCACUGAACAACAAAGGCAUGUCCCCCAUAGAUAGGAUCAAAGUGGGCAUGAAAGUGGAGAUCCAGAAUAUAAUCGAUCCUUAUCGGUAUUGGAUUGCUACGGUAUGCGAAAACGUGGGUGGUCGUCUACUCCUCCGCUACGAUGGCGCAGACGAUGAUCUUCCACAAUUCUGGAUGUUCUUCUGCAACCCGCGGCUAAGUAGCUUCGGCUUCGUCACGAAUAAGGGUUCUCCCUGGCAGUUCAAAUAUCCAAGCAAAAUCAACAAGUUCUCUUGCAAAAACAAAUUGAGCACACAACUGAGGCAAAGUGCUGAAGAGUCUAUAAAGGAGCCAACACCAGCUGAUUUAUUUCAGCCUAACCCAACAUUAGAGGCACACAGCUUCUCAACCGGUAUGAAAGUGGAAGCGCUGAGUCCCCACGACAUGAAGACUUUCCGACCAGCAACAGUCCUAAAAAUAUUCAACAACCUGCACUUUCUAGUUGUUUUAGACGACCAUAUUGAAGAUUAUGAAGACACCAAAAUGGCCUGGAUGUGUGACAACAUGCACCCAUACAUAUAUCCCAUAGGAUGGGCUCAAAGGAACAAGUUAGAAUUCAAACCGCCCAAAUCUUGGAAAGAAGGGUCUUUCGAUUGGGAAGAGUAUUUAUCUAACACAUCAUCAGUCCCCGCACCGGACUAUUGCUUCGGGAACAAAAAUCUAUUACAGGGUAUUGAAGUUGAUAUGAAGUUGGAAGCAGUGAAUCCGCUAAACCAAGAAGAAAUACACGUGGCGUCAAUUGUAGCAAUAGUGGAACAUAUGUUAUGUGUAGAACUGUUACCUAUAGGUGAAAAAUUUUGGUAUUCUCAAGACAGUGAUCUUCUCUUCCCCGUUGGCUGGUGUGAUAGCAACAGCUAUGAACUCCAUAUACCUGAUACGAAUAAGAAGGAAACGCCCAAACCAGUAGAAGAGCCGAAGAGUGUGAAAGAAGAUAUGAAAUCCAGCGAGGAAUGGUGUGAUAGGAUCUUCUUUAACUACAAAUGUUAUGCCGGACCUUCAAUUAGUAGGAACAAGUUGUCUCAGUUACCAAAAGCUGUGGGUCCGGGUCCUUUGUUGCUGGUUUUGAAGGAAGUGCUAAAUAAGAUAAUAUCAGCUUCGUACAAGCCGGCUAAGUUGUUGAAAGAUUGGGAGGCUGAAGGCCCACCUGAAGAAGGGAUGCGUCUUGAAAUGUUAAGGGCAAAACUCAAGACGCGUCCGUACCACGCGUACGUGCCCAUCACGACGUCCGCGGCGCAGGUGGCGGCCUUCUGCCGCGCCGCCUGCGUGCGCCUGCAGGCCUGCCCCAGCCUCUUCGGCCCCGACGAGUUCCCCGAGCGCUGCCCCAACAACUGCCACCAGGUCGAGAAGUCCACCUUCCAUAAUGGCACUGAACGACGGGGAAGACCAAAAGGCAGCGUCAAUGGCAGAAAGAAAAAGAAGAAAGCUCAAGAAAAGAGAGAAAAAGAACAACCACCACAAGAGACAGAGAAUAAUAGAGAUGGAGAGUCUGUCGAAAGCGAGCACAGUGCAGGCUCCACGCCUCCCUCAGAGUCAGGGACAAGACCGAACUCUCCAGAAAGCGUUACAGAUUAUAAAAGAAACACGCGAAGAAAACGCGAAAACAAAAGUAAUUAUCCCAAAAUGGAAAUGAAAACGCGUGGAGCGAAACUACCAAACUUCGCUCUGCAAAUGAAGGAGGCGCACUGGAACAAAAAAGAUGUAGAGACAAUUUACAAUAAUUCCUGCGCUACCAAAAAACAAACACCGGACAGUGAUACGGAGAACGAAACAAACGCAAGCAGCUGCAACUCAAGAGACGCCAAGAACAUCUCAGACGUGUCGGACUCUGAAGAGCCUGAGCUGAAAAAAUUGAAAUUUAGCACAGACGACCCAUUGCCGUCUGAUAAUAAGAUGUUCGAGAAGGACACCGCAAUGACAUGGAUUAAAGGGAAGACUAAGUUAGCUAGAAACCCAUUAGACUGGUCGGUGGACGACGUGUACGAAUAUUUAAGCAGCACAGAGGACUGCAAACUCAUAGCGGACAAGAUGAAGCAGGAGGAGAUCGACGGACAGGCCUUCAUCAUGCUGGAUUUACCAAUUAUCACCCAUUUUCUCCAUAUGAAGAAGGAGUUUGCGAUGCAGCUGUGCAAGCACAUCACUAUGGUUAGGUGGUAUUAUAUUGUUAAUUUCGAAGAAAAUGGUGAAACG